AUGCACAUCUAUGCCUAUUCUGGUGUUUGGAGAUCGUCCAAAACAAAAGGGUGGAAGUUUCUUGUUGAUGAAGAAACAGGAGGUAGACUACUUACUUUGGACACAAGCAAAACCUUUGACAACCUAAGAGUUAUGGUUUGUGAGGACUUUGGAACCGAUCUAAACUUGGUCAAUAUCGACCUGAGUUACUUACCUUCCGAUUUGGUUAUUGGCCUCGAUUCACCACCUGUUUUCAUCACCAAUGAUCGACAACUCAAAAAAUUUCUUACAUAUGUGAAGACCAAAGCUUCAACGCGGUUAUGUGUGUGUAUUCGAUCUAAGGUCGGAUUUAACUUGAAUGAAGAGCCUGCUGAGUUGCCUAACAGAGAGGAAGUGGGUAUGUCGGGUGAAGUUUCAGAUGAUAUUGAUGGUGAAGCCGAGCUUGAAGAAAAAGAUGCGAAGAUAGAUGAAAGUGAUGACGAAAACAAGUGUGAGAAAGAUAUGACCAACGGAAAGUCUGUCCGUUUUUCUCUGGUUGAUGUUGUGAAGAAGGGUCAACAUUUUACUAGCAAAGCAGCUUUGCAGGCAACAAUGGAAAUAUGCGCAAUGAAACAUAAUUUCGACUACAAGGUUGCCAAAACGGAUAGGAGAGUUUGGUACGUUUGCUGCGCGUAUGAUGAUUGCCGCUGGCGUGUUCGCGCAGAGGGAUUAACAGGUUCUUCAUAUUUUAUCAUCAAAAAGUAUGUGCCUGAUCAUUCAUGUGCUCCAUCAUCAAGGAACCACUCUGUUCGGACCGUUUCAUCAAAAACAGUUGGCAGUCUCAUUAAGCAUAAGUACGAAACUGUCAAGGAAGGGCCGAAACCUAAUGAUAUUAUCCAGUUUAUGCGUGAUGAUCAUGGAGUUGAGAUAUCCUACUCUUUAGCUUGGGAGGCACGUGAGUAUGCAGUAAGUGUUGUGAGAGGCAUUCCAGAGAAGGGUUAUGAAAAAGUUCCCAAAUACUUGCACAUGAUGAAGGAAGCUAAUCCAGGAUCACACACAUUUUAUGAAACUGAUAGCGAUGGGAGAUUCAAAUUCCUCUUCAUCGCAUAUGGUCAGUCUAUUCGCGGUUUUUAUGCUGCCAUUCGGAAAGUUAUUGUUGUGGAUGAGACUUUCUUGAAGAGCAAAUACAAAGGAGUAUUAAUGGUUGCUACUGCUUUGGAUGGAAACUCGAACCUAUAUCCUAUUGCAUUUGGAGUUGUCGACUCAGAGAAUGACCGCUCGUGGGAAUGA